AUCCUAUCCAGCAACGAUUGCUACCAUCAGUAUAGCAGAACUCCAGUGGAGGGAAGCAGGGUUUUCUCUUUCCAUGGCGACCUUGCAUCAACAACAUCCACAUCUCUUCAACACCAACAACCACUCAAAUGACUCACUCGAACAACCCUUUUACUCGACUACCACCACUCACAAUCGCCGAACAAGCCGCCUAGUACGACUAGUAAUCUCCAAGAACAACAACGAUGAAGCUUGGAAGGAGAAGAAGCUUGGCUUCGUAGACUACGACAAAGGUAUGCACAAAGUCAGUGUUGAAUUAAGUGGUCUCCGUAAAUCAGAUAUACCCAUGCACCACAGGCUUCGAGUCCAAGGCGAUAGGUUCCAGAAGGAUUGGACCAUCACGCAAGUGGUUCACAAGGUUUUGGAGCUCAAUCAAUGGGACGACAUUCAAGGAUUGCUCAAUCGAUGGGUUGGAAGGUUUGCCAGAAACAACUUUCCUGUUCUUAUCAGGGAAAUAACUCAUAUGGGUUCUAUUGAACAUAGCAUUCAUGUUUUCCGCUGGAUGAAGAAUCAGAAGAAUUAUUGUGCUCGAAGGGAUAUUUACAACAUGAUGAUUAGGUUGCAUGCCAGACAUAAUCGAAUAGACCAAGCACGCGGUUUGUUUUUUGAGAUGCAAGAGUGGAGGUGUAAGCCUGAUGCUGAAACUUACAAUGCCCUCAUCAAUGCACAUGGUCGAGCUGGUCAGUGGCGUUGGGCAAUGAAUAUUAUGGAAGCUAUGCUUCGGGCAUCUAUUCCUCCAAGUCGAUCCACAUAUAACAACUUGAUCAAUGCAUGUGGAUCUAGUGGAAAAUGGAGAGAAGCUCUGCAAGUUUGCAGGAAGAUGACAGAAAAUGGAGUUGGCCCUGAUCUGGUGACACACAAUAUUGUUCUGUCUGCUUACAAAAGUGGAGCUCAGUAUUUGAAAGCCCUGUCCUAUUUUGAACUAAUGAAAGGGACAAAUAUCCGUCCCGACACCACUACCCUUAAUAUUGUGAUACAUUGCCUGAUAAAGCUUGGACAUUAUGGGAAAGCUAUUGAUAUUUUCAAUUCAAUGAGGGAAAAAAGAGCAGAGUGUCAUCCUGAUAUUGUGACAUUCACUAGCAUGAUUCAUUUGUAUUCUGUUAGUGGGCAGAUUGAGAACUGCAAGACUGUUUUUAACACCAUGAUUGCAGAAGGUUUACAACCCAAUAUUGUUUCUUAUAAUGCUUUGAUAGGUGCCUAUGCUUCACAUGGUAUGAGUGAAGAGGCCCUGUCAGUUUUCAACAAGAUAAAGCAAAAUGGUUUUCGACCAGAUGUUGUGUCUUAUACAUCUUUGCUCAAUGCUUAUGGAAGAUCUGAGCAACCUGAAAAGGCCCGGGAAAUAUUUGACCUGAUGAAACGAAACAAUUGGAAGCCAAAUGUGGUAAGUUACAAUGCACUGAUAGAUGCCUAUGGAUCUAAUGGGUUUCUAGCCAAAGCCAUUGAAGUGCUGCGUGAGAUGGAACAAAAUGGGAUGCAGCCAAACAUUGUCUCAAUUUGUACCCUCUUGACUGCCUGUGGGCGUUGUGGUCAAAAGGUCAAGAUUGAUUCCAUACUUUCAGCUGCUGAAAUGCGAGGAAUCAAAUUGAACACAAUUGCGUAUAACUCUGCCAUUGGAAGUUACAUGAAUGUGGGGGAGUAUGAGAAAGCUUUAAAGUUAUAUGGAUCUAUGAGGAAAAAGAAAGUUAUACCUGAUUCUGUUACUUACACUGUGCUAAUGAGUGGUUGUUGUAAGAUGUCAAAGUAUGAUGAAGCUCUUGAAUUUCUUAGGGAGAUGACAGAUUUAAAAAUUCCAUUGUCUAAGGAGGUGUACUCAUCUGCGAUCUGUGCCUACAGUAAACAGGGUCAACUCACUGAAGUAGAAUCUAUGUUCACCAUGAUGAAGAUGGAAGGUUGUUGUCCUGAUGUUAUUACAUAUACCACAAUGAUACAUGCAUAUAACGCUGUGGAGAAUUGGGAAAAAGCAUCCGCAAUACUUCUAGAAAUGGAAAUGAAUGAUGUCCAACCGGAUGCUAUUGCUUGUUCAUCUCUGAUGAGUGCUUUCAAUAAAGGAUGCCAACCAGCCAAAGUAUUGUCUCUUGCAGAGUUUAUGCGAGACAAGGACAUCCCCUUUAAUGAUGCUACCUUCUUUGAAAUGGUCUCGGCCUGUAGCAUGCUACGAGAUUGGAGGACAACAAUGGAUCUGAUAAAAAUGAUGGAACCUUCAUUCCCUGUUAUUUCAGUUGGACUUCUGAAUCAACUUCUGCAUUUUAUUGGAAAAUCUGGGAAGAUUGAGACUAUGAUGAAGUUGUUCUAUAGAAUAGUAGCAACUGGUGCAGAAAUCACCUUCUCUACUUAUUCAAUUUUGUUGAAGAAUCUUUUGGCUGCUGGAAAUUGGAGGAAAUAUGUUGAGGUACUGCAAUGGAUGGAGGAUGCAAAAAUUCAACCAUCAAUUGCGAUGUAUCGCGAUAUUUUGUUCUUUGCACAAAAUAGUGGUGGUGCUGAAUAUGCUGCUGUCAUACAUGAAAGAGUUGAAUCCUUGAAGAGAAAAUUUGGGGAUCAAAUUUCAACAAGCAAGCUGCAUGAUUCUCCCAUUCCCAUCAUGACAUUGACUGAAACAAAUUGUGAAGCAGCAACUGUAACUUACAAUCUCAGCAGUCUGCAGCAGGACAGUCCGUGUAAUUUUGAGAAAAUCUGUGAAUCAAAUUUCAACUAACAAGCUGAAUUCUCUUUUGCCACCUCAAGAUUUUGAUUGGAAAACAAAAUAAAAAAAUUUAACCUACAAACUGCAAAUACCACCUACCCUAUUUGCAUCUCCAGACUACUUUGGGGUAUUGACUUCUGAGAUACAAAGGUUAGAGUUCUUUUUUUGGAAAUACAAAGAUGAGAGCUUGGCGUUCCGCCGUUAAUAUUUA